UCUUCACGUCCCAGCGCGGGCGGUCGCCGGCGGCUCCUCUUGACUACAGGUUCCAGAAGUCCUCUGCAGAAGUGCUUCCCUCUCUCAUUUCCAGGACCACAGUUCCCAGAGACUUCGGCUUCACGGCGUUUCUCUUUUUGCCCGAUCUCUCCUGGAGCUGGCUGGGCUUCGGCCGGCCAGCGGCCCACAGCGACGACGUGAUCCGUCGUGAGCGGGUCCCAGGGCUUCCUCGGCGGCCCUUUUUUCUCUCCCCUUGGUCGUCCCCCUUGCAGGCUGUCGCGGCUGGCCUGAGCGGUGACCUGGCGGGUCGCGCCUGCGCUCUGUCCUGUUUCCUGCCUGGCUGGUGGCGGCGGCCAUUUUGUUCAUCCUCCUCCUCCUCCUGCUCCUCCUGGUUGGAGCGCAGUGUCCUGAGCGGGCUGGGGGGAGAGAGCCCGAGAGCAGGGUUCGGUGCCUUUUCCUCUGUCCCCAGCCGGUGCCCAGAGCCCCCCUCCCCUUCCUUCCCACCCCCUCCCCUCCCCAACCCUGCCCUCCCCCUUGUCCCGGGAUCGCUCCGUCGCACCCACCAUGAUGGAAGACGACGGGCAGCCCCGGACUCUAUACGUAGGUAACCUUUCCAGAGAUGUGACAGAAGUCCUUAUACUUCAGUUGUUCAGUCAGAUUGGACCGUGUAAAAGCUGUAAAAUGAUAACAGAGCAACCCGAUAGCAGAAGGGUCAACUCUUCUGUUGGAUUUUCUGUUUUGCAGCAUACAAGCAAUGACCCAUAUUGCUUUGUGGAAUUUUAUGAACACAGAGAUGCAGCUGCUGCAUUAGCUGCUAUGAAUGGGAGAAAAAUUUUGGGAAAGGAGGUCAAAGUAAACUGGGCAACCACACCAAGUAGCCAGAAAAAAGAUACUUCCAAUCACUUCCAUGUGUUUGUUGGGGAUUUGAGUCCAGAAAUUACAACAGAAGAUAUCAAAUCAGCAUUUGCCCCCUUUGGUAAAAUAUCGGAUGCCCGGGUAGUUAAAGACAUGGCAACUGGAAAAUCCAAAGGCUAUGGUUUUGUAUCUUUUUAUAACAAACUGGAUGCAGAAAAUGCGAUUGUGCAUAUGGGAGGUCAGUGGUUGGGUGGUCGUCAAAUCCGAACCAAUUGGGCCACACGUAAACCACCUGCACCUAAAAGUACACAAGAAAACAACACUAAGCAGUUGAGAUUUGAAGAUGUAGUAAACCAGUCAAGUCCAAAAAAUUGUACUGUCUACUGUGGAGGAAUUGCGUCUGGGUUAACAGAUCAGCUUAUGAGACAGACAUUCUCACCAUUUGGACAAAUUAUGGAAAUAAGAGUUUUCCCAGAAAAGGGCUAUUCAUUUGUCAGAUUUUCAACCCAUGAAAGUGCAGCCCAUGCCAUUGUUUCGGUGAACGGUACUACGAUUGAAGGACAUGUGGUUAAAUGCUAUUGGGGUAAAGAAUCUCCUGAUAUGACUAAAAACUUCCAACAGGUCGACUAUAGUCAGUGGGGCCAAUGGAGCCAAGUGUAUGGAAACCCACAACAGUAUGGACAGUAUAUGGCAAAUGGGUGGCAAGUACCGCCUUACGGAGUAUACGGGCAACCAUGGAAUCAACAAGGAUUUGGAGUAGAUCAAUCACCUUCUGCUGCUUGGAUGGGUGGAUUUGGUGCUCAGCCUCCCCAAGGACAAGCUCCUCCCCCUGUAAUACCUCCUCCUAACCAAGCCGGCUAUGGUAUGGCAAGUUACCAAACACAGUGAGCCAGGACUCUAAAAAAAAAUUGUAAUUCAUGAUAGGCUUCGAUUUCCUGUGACACUCUGAAGACAUGAAAGUAGACAUCGGAAAAUGAAAAUAUUUAUUUUAAAAAUUGAAAUGUUUGGAACCUUUAGCACAGAUUUGCUUUGGUGAAGGACACAUGUCUUCUAGUUCUGCCUUUUUAAGUUUUUGUUCAUGAUGGAUAUGAACAUGAUUUUUCUUUGUGUACAAAAACUAAAAUAAAGUCAAUAAAGACAAUUCUGACUACAAAUUUUGAUAUAAUAGGAAAAAUGGCUAAUACAUUUUGAUUCUUAGAUACUAUUCCAUUUUUAUCUUGCUGUUCAGUAUUUUAACUCACUGUGUUUUUAAAAGAGCAAAAAAGGGAGGAUCGUGAAAACCUGGGAAUCAUAUAUAAGUUCAUCCUGAAUCCUGAUACUCCCCUCCCCUUCCCUGAGGUGGACCACAUUUGAAGUCAGCAGAGAAAAAGUGUGAUAUUCAGAAGAAAUGCGUGAUUUUGGAGUCGCUUUGGAGGAAAUAUUUUCUUUCUCUAUGCCUAAAGAAACUGAAGCCAGACGGAAGUUUUGCACCCUAAAAAAGGAACAGCAUUGUUUGAGUUACUUGAGCAAAUGUUGGUGGUCCACAUUAAGACAUAUUUUUAAAAUUUCCAAAAGUGUUGAUUAUUAAAAUUGUAGUAUUUUACAUUUCAUUUUGGGGGGAAAUUCCAAGUAUGGUGUUUGUAUUGAAGUCAGACAGUCAUACUUGUGCUUUUACAUGAAGUUUAAAUGAUACACAUUGUAAAUAUUCAAUAACUACAGUGUUUAAAAAGCAUGCUUCAACAUAGAAGUAGCAGCAAUGUAAUUAUUUGAAGUAACACUUAACACACUCCACUGCAUCGAAUGCAGUGGAUUGAUCAGAAUGUUAAGACUGACAUUUCCAAGGUUGGCUACUAUGUAAAAUUAAAAUUACACAAAUUGUGCAGAAAAAGCCUUAAUUUUAAUUUCAUACAAUCUUUGAUGCAUUAGUAUGUUCUAAAAUGUCAUUGGGAAUUAGUUUUUUGUGUUUUUCUUUUUUUUUUUUUUUCUUUACAUUACUUGGUAUGUAAAUACCUUGAUUAAAACCUUGUAAACCAAUUUCAAGGUUACUAUAAGUUGUAUAGUACAAGUGUUUUUAAAAAAUCUUGGGGUGUUUUUAAAAAUUAAGAUAUAUUUUGCCCAAGAAUUUUUUUAACAAGAUUGCUAAAAACAUCUUAUUUAGACACUUCAAUGUACCAAUUUAUAAUUGGAUAUUCAGUUUAAAUAGUACACAGAGUUGUGGCUUUUAUUUUCAAUUAAUUUUUUUCCUUGUGGGCGGUGUGCAUGGUAUCGUAAGCCUGAGCAGAGGCUUAAGUUGUAUGUGUGCAGAGUUUGUAAAGGAAUCAAUUGGAAGAUGCAGAAGAUUGAGGUUUGCUUUCAAGGUAUUUUUCAGGCUGUGUGGGUAAAAUUUGCCUCAAAUUUCUAUCAAACAGGAAUGUAAAAUAGAUAAAAUCCUAUGUGUUUGAAUUGUCAGAGCUAGGGAAUGCAAAUGUUUUGGCAACGUAUUCAAAAUACUGGCCUGGGCACCAAAGAGAAAAUAGCCUUUUACAGUUACAUAGUAAGAUGCGAUUGGUACCCACAAAUUACUGUUUUCUAAACAUUUGAAGUUUUACAAUUAGCUUUAAAAUAAUGAUGAUUUUAUAAAUUGGUGAUCACAAUAAUUUUGGUAUUACUUUCCUCCUUUUCCCACUUAGCAGUAUAGCCAAAUGUAUUCAACAUAAAACUUCAUAGGGUCUGAAAUUCAUAGCUGGGCCAAAUUUUUUAUGGCACCUUAGUUUUACCAUAACGGUCAUCUAUUACACUCUUAUGUUAUAAAAUAUACCCUUAUUUGUUUUGUUUAUAGUAUCUUUGAGGAAUGUUUUUGGAAAAGUUAAUUUAUAUUUUAUAGGGAGAACACUCAAUAAAUUAUGUUAACUGUG